UAAGCGUACUAGUCUACAGGCUACAGAACUAAGAUUUUACACUUAAGAUGCGCUCCCUGUGGGUCGUCACUGUCUCUUCUGGAGAUUGACGGAACGCCACAACAAGUUGAGAGACUCAGUCAUGGGGAGCGGCGCAAGUGUCAAGAAGAAACCAGCCGCAAACAACCCCAGAGACAAGAUCCGGGCAUGGCAGCGUCAGUUGAAGCAAGAACAUCGAAUCUUGGACAGAGAAAUUGGUGCAUUUGGACGUGCGGACGCUGAGACAAAGAAGAAACUUCGCGAUGCGGCAAAAAAGAAAAAGACCUCGAAGGACGCAUGUGUACAGCUGGCCCGGCAGAUCGUUCAGAACAGGAAGGCUGUGACCAGGCUGUACGCAGCUAAGGCCAAACUCAACUCGGUGGAAAACUGCCUGAAACUUCAGCUAGCCAACGUACGAUUGGUCAACGCUUUCGAGUCGAGUGCUGACAUCAUGAAGGACAUGCAGUCCCUCCUGCAGGUGUCACAGAUCCAGAAAACCGUCUCAGACCUCACCAAGGAGAUGGUCAAAGCUGGCGUUAUAGAGGAGACCCUCGAGGACGUUUUUGACGAAAUGGAGGAUCAGGAAGAAGUGGACGCCCUGGCGGAGGAAGAGGUGGAAAAGGUGCUGUUUGAACUCACACAAGGCGCCCUUGGAAAGGCACCGGCAGUAGUAAGGAGUGAGCCGGGAGAAGGAAUUAAAGCGGAGGAUGCCAUCCCACAACAAGAACCGAAGGAAAAAGUAUAAGCAAGUGACUGAAAUGAAUACAGCACAUGCAAUGUUGUGAAAAAAGAAUGUUUUAUUCUACUUUGCAAGUGGGUAUACUGUAGCAAAAAUAUACAUCUUCUCAGAAGAAAAAAGAAAUACGUACAGAUUUUUUUACUCACUCUUCUUACAAACUACACAGUCUAUACAAUGUACAAAUAAGUUUCUCUGUGCAGACUUGUAACAGAA